AGGGCUGGCACUUAACUUCAUCGACAUGCUAUAUCGCCUUAAUUGAACACCUUGCCAAUGGGUAGCAACAAUGCUCUUACAACUGCCAACUUCGCUUGAUUAACAAGCCUUUGUUUUUUAAGAUACGACUCUUCUACAGAACUACUCAUCUCGAGCCUUGAGGAUGUCUGUAAUUCAAGAUGUCGGUGUCAGCCUGGCGGUCUUGACUCUCAUUAUCGUCAUCGUUUUCUGUUUUGAGGCUCCGAAGAAAAUUCUUACAGUCAGGCUUAGAGUUUGCUUUAGGGCUGGCUGCCUCCUUGCCAUGAGACUGCCUUCCUUUUUCGCUUAUUUUAUUCUCUUUUUGGGGCCCGAUUGGAGAAUUUGUCUGGUUCAGGCUUCCGCUCAUAGUCCUGUCACCUGUCCAGGAACCAUACUUAGUCCGCUCGAAUCGUCAUGAUAAAGCUAUAUCGCCUCCGAUUUAAUAGAGAGGAUGCCUACGUUUGUUGCCUACUGAAAGGCAUUCUUUACCUGCUCGCU